AUUUGGAUUGCUUUCUAUUUUUAAAAAAAACCCUAAUUCUAUAUGAUUUUUACAUUCUAGUCUCUCAGUUAAACGGAGAAUAAAAGCUAAAGGGACGUAACUUCAGUUCUGAAGAAUGGGCUUAAGCAAAAUCAAAGUUAAAUAACGUGAUAAAUAAAAUGAUUGGUGUUUAGCCUUAAAGCUUCCCAUUAUUUCUGAUUAUAUAAAAUGUAGAAUGUGUGUUUCCUGAUGCCCUCAAAUCAGCCACGCUCUUUUCUUCGGUUGGGGUAAAAGUGUUAAUGCAUCAGCUUGUUACUUUAUUUCUCCGAAGAAUCACAUGUCACUGAAGUCAGGCUGAACUGCACCAAACCAAAAUCAUAUUUUUAUUUCAGGAAUAGAAACAUCAAUACAUCCAUUGAUAGAAAAAGGGAGAGAGAGAGAGAGACUAACACUGUGUCUAAUCUACAGGUCUUUAUUAACACUGUCAUGUUUUCACCCUGGCUUUCUGUCAACAUCAGCGGAUGAUAUUUGUGCUAAAAACUCUCAUCAGUUAAGCUACACAAUGGCCUCUAGUGGCUUUACCUGUCGUUAUGGUAACCAGGCUCCAUCCAUCUCCUUCUCUGGUUCUGGAUUCAUGGCUACAUACCAGUUAGGAGUCACUCAGUGUUUCCUGACUUACGUUCCCUGGAUCCUGAAAACGGCGCCGUAUGUUCUGGGAGCUUCUGCUGGUUCUCUGGUGGCUGCAGUCAUCGUCUGCGAAGUUAGUCCCAUUCUGAUCAGAGAUGAAAUCAUUCACCAUGCCAAAGAGAUAAGGAAAAUUCCUCUGGGCCCAUUCAGUCCUUCCAGCAACAUGUUCCAUUGGCUACGGCGGGUUCUGACCAAAUAUCUUCCUGCCGACGCUCAUGUGCUGGCCAAUGGUCGGCUGGCCGUGGCCAUGACUUGUCUAUCUAAUGGCAAACAUGUGGUUAACACCGAGUAUCAGAGCAGACACGAAGUUUUUCAGGCUCUGCUGUGCAGCUGUUUUGUACCGGGCUACUGCGGUCUCCAACCGCCGUCCUUUAGAGGAGAGUACUACAUAGACGGAGGUUUCAGCAGCAUGCAGCCUUUUCCUCCGGCACCCUGCAGCAGAGACACACUGACCGUGUCUCCGUUCUCCGGAGACACGGAUAUCUGUCCUGCAGACUCUCCCUGUCUCUGGGACAUGGUGGUGAGUGGCUCGACACUGAAGGGUAACAGGGCCAACAGUGUGAGGAUCAUCAACGCUCUCUACCCUCUGGGCCUGGAGACCCUGGAACAGGCUUUUGACAGAGGCUACAAAGACACCAUUGACUUUUUGCUGCGCAACGAUCUGGCUCCGAUUUUACUUUUAAACGCAAUCCCCCAGGAUCCUCUAGACUGGAGUUUAGAAGAAAUGAAUCUGGAGAUGAGAGAGGAGGAAAAGGAGGACGAUGUGAAAGAAAGUGAAACACUGGCGUCUUUGGAGGACAACACACUGGAGAUGAUCGUUGACGAUGUUUUCUACAGAAGACAUAAACAAACUCUACAGCUAAGUUUCUGGAUUUGUCUUUGCUUCGGACAUUUCCUGUUCUUCUUUUGCAACAUAUUUGUCCAGAGCUUUGGGAGAAGCGUGAAGCAGAGGCUCCCAACUGUUGCCCUGACGUUUAAGGGAUUGAAGAGUCCGACGCAGCCGAGGCUUCAGAGAAAACAGACCGCCUCGUCGUAAUCUCUGAUUUUAAAAGAGCACACAGAAGUUCCUCCAGACAUUGCAGUACCGCAUUAUUUCAUCAUCAAAUCUCGAACUGACAUAUUAAGAGAGAGAGAAAAAAAAAAGUUUGUGCGUCUGUCCGUGACUUUAUUCUACUUUUAAAAAGCUAAUUUUGCUGUUAUUUGUGGGCGCUUAAAUUGGGCUAAUUAGGAGCAGGAAGGAACUGUUAUAAUAAGUCAAGUACAUUUAGUCUGUAUAGAGUUUAUAUCAAUAAUACAACGCAAAGCAAAACAAGCUUCACGAAUAUGACUGAAAUUCAAAUUAAAUCACAUAGUGAACAAGGACUUUAAGGAUGGGAGAAAAAAAAAAAACUCCCUUUUUUUCAGGAAGAAAUCUCCAGCAGAUCUGGGAUCAGUGUUGGUGUCUUCCUUGGCAAAGAAAAGGAGACAGCAAUUGGGGAAGUAAAGUGGUGAGGAAAUGACCUAUAACUAUAGGUGAUCCCAAAAUAGCAAUAGUUAUCACAAAAAAAA